AGAGAGAGAGCAGGAACCCACCCCAACCCACCCACUCACUUUCGGCGUCGGCGUCGGCGUCGGCGGAGGACGGCGAACGAGGAACCCUAGCCGCCUGAGAAAGAGACGCCCCCACCCGCAAGGCCGGCCACGAUGGCGGCGGUUCGAUGCGCGGCGAGGAGGCUCGGCGGCUCCCUGUUCCAGCGAGCGCAGGCGGAGGAGGGACGCCGGCUCGUGCCAAGCAGGCUCAUGCGCUCCCGCCACCUCUCCAACUCCACCGAGCAAGCUUCAAAGAUCAAGCAGAAGGAGGAGGAGCUGUAUGAUGCGAUAUCCAAAGCAGAGCAGAAGAAGAAGGAGCUGUUUGAUGCGAUUUAUAACGCGGGGAAGAUUUCCACCACUACUGGCCAGCAUCUUUCUGUACAAGCCACUCAAGGAGCAGAUGACCCUCUGCGCUGGAUGCGGUACGCAAUGAGAGCUCGGGGUGUGUUCGAGUUAGCUGCCAAGAUGACAUUAACAUUUAUGGCCUUUGCUUUUGCGUUUGGUUCCAAAGCCAACAAGGUGGUAGAAGCCAAGGAAGACCAGUGAAGACAAGAUGCAAAAAAUGAGUACCAAAGAUGGCCCCAACUUCAGCUUGUUUUAAGUUAAAUUAUGACCUCUGCAGUUUGGCUAGCUAGCACUAUGCUAUCGUUCCUUGUGAUAUUGUGUCACAUGACAUCUUAUAUCUCCAUCUAUCUAUCUAUUAGAGUAGCUUUGCGUGAAACUGUAGGUUGAUGCGAACAUACUUGCAUAGCUUGUAUUGUAUGGCCACUGGCAUGCAUUGAUUUUGGUGGCUAGAGCAACAAGUGGGAGUGAAGACAA